GUUCUGGCCUACAUAUACCAGGUGUAGAAUCCAUGCGUUGUAUGGAGGCGCCGUAAGCGCGCGUGAAAUAUCGGUCAGCUAGACAAGCACGAACAGCGUGAAGUGAUGAUGAUAAUAGUUAAUAGGGCCUAUAUUUAUGAAUAUAUUGAGAUUUCUGGCCUGAAUACCCAACGAAAACAAUCGUGUUCACCAUGAAGUUUACAGAGCUCAACACUGGAAUAAAGAUGCCACUGUUUGGCUUAGGAACUUACGGAUUGGUUGGCCAUGAUGUUUUGUACAACGCCCUCGAUGCUGCACUCAAGUCAGGCUAUAGAUUAAUAGACACCGCAGCCGUCUACAAGAAUGAGAAGGACAUUGGGGAUUGCUUGAGGGAGCUUUUACCUAAACAUGGCUUGAGCCGAGACGACUUGUUCCUGGAGACCAAACUUGACACCAAAGACCAUGGUUUAGAGGAGGCUUACUCAGCGUGUCUGGCAUCCUUGGAGAAGCUGCAGACAGAUUACUUGGAUCUUUACAUCAUCCACUGGCCAGCCAAAUCCAAGAUCAAAUCAGAUGACCCAAGACACGCUGGCUUCCGCAAAGACUCGUGGACAGCUCUGGAAAAACUGUACAAAGAAGGUAAAGUCAGGAAUAUCGGUAUCUCCAAUUACACACUCAAGCAUCUGAAGGAGAUGGCGUCUUAUACCACGAUACAACCUGCUGUCUUGCAAGUGGAGUAUCAUCCAUUUUACAUUCAGACAGACCUGCUACAAUGGUGCCAGGCUAACAACGUACACCUGCAGACCUACAGGUCACUUGGAAAGAGUAAGCUAUUAUCGGAGCCUGUGGUAGUGACCAUCGCAGAGCGGACCAACAAGACUCCAGCUCAGGUGCUACUCCAGUGGGCAUUGCAGCAGGACCUGGGUAGGUGGACUUCCAGACAGCUCGCUAAACUAAUCUGCGUAAUCCCACAAUCGACCAAUCCAGAUCACAUUGCUGAAAAUAUUGACAUCUUUGAGCAUGGUGACAAUUGGCUCACAGAGGAAGAUAUGCUCAACAUCUCAGACCUUCACUGUGGAGAAAAAUUUUGCUGGGAUCCAUCAGUUGUUCCUUGAAGCAGGGGCCCAAUAUUGUAUCUUUGAGGAGUUCUUCCAAAAUCUGGAACAGCGAAGCACAUCGAGGACAAUAUGGCCUCGGUCCAUCUAGAGCCACUGAUGUCGGCUGACAUGGACG